UACUGCGGCGCCUGCAUGCAGCAUGAAGCUGCUGUCCAUUCCCUCUUCACAACGCGUGUCAGCCUUGACCAUUUCUCUCUCCUUCCUAUCAGAUAAAUCGAUAAACCCUUCUCAGAACCCUAGCACAAUCAAUUCGGAGCCACCUUAACCAGCCGCUAUCCUGUUCUUUGCCUCCUCAGAGCUCCACUUUCAUGGCUUCGGGGUGACGCCGAUCGGAAGCAGUAUUAUUCAGCCAUUCCCGAACAACGGAUUGGUUUCUUUAUCCGGCGUUGGAUUGUGUAAUCUUUCGUUUACUUAGUUGAUUUUAGUUUUCUUCUGGGUUCUCAUAAUCCGACAGCAACGAUGGAAGACUCAAGCGAGGAAGACUCGUCAUUAGAAGGAAAUGAUAGUAAAGUGAGAUGGUUGCUGGGCAAGGGACUGGAGCUGGGAAGGAAGAUUGUGAUAACAGGUAUUGUGAUUUCAUCUGUCCCGUUGGUUGUUCCUCCACUGGUUGUUGUUUCUGCGAUUGGGCUUGCAGUUUCCGUUCCUUUUGGGGUAGUCUUUGCUAGCUAUGUUGGCACUGAGAAGAUCAUGAGCAAGUUGCUUCCUAGGCCAACAUCUCCUCUCAUGCUGGAGAAUGGAACAGUGUUUGGAGAAGAAGAAAUGUGUUUUGGAGGAGAUGAUGCAAUGGAAGAGGAGAAAGAAAAGCAAAUAGAGGAUUUGAAGGAAUCAGUUGAAAUGAGGAUUGAACUGGCGCAGGAGAACGAUAAGAAACCAGCAGGAGAAGUAGACCAAAGUCUGAAAGAAGAGAGUUAUAAGGAACAUGGUAGAGAGCAUUUCCACACCAUCAACAAUUAUGAAUGCAAAAGCACUGUCAAGAAUGGUGAAAAACCAAGUUUUGACACGGAUCAAAAAGAGGGGGAGGAGAGAUACGAGGAAGAUGUUGGUGAGUACUUAGAGGGAGAGGAUGAGGGGCCAUUGGAAGAGAAUGAUGUGAAAAUUGAAGGAUUGAGAGAAAAUGGAGAGGAAACAGGGGUAGGAAGAUGGAAGGGAAAGCAGUUAUUGGAUGAGGUGCCCCUAGUUCUAGAUGCAGGAGCGAGAGAUAAGAGGAACUGUCUUGAUGUUACCGUGGCAGAAGAAUUAGAUCUGGAUACAACAGGAGCUGUAGAAAGAUUAAGUGAUGAAAAUGGGAGUACUUAUGAUGAAGAGCAAGAUAUAGCCCAAGAUACUACUGGAUUUUUAGGAAAACUCAAGGAUGAAGGUGAUGUUACAAAUACCGUGGAAGAUGACAAUCAGCAGGGGGAAGACGUGAAUAAAAUUACCGAGGAGAAGAAUGCAAAGAAUUUUACCAAUGUUGAAGGAAUGGAGCAAUCAUCUGAAAAUGGUGUGGAAUCAAAGAACCUCCCUAGAGAGAUGAAAGGAGCAGAAGGCAAAAGAAGAAAUGAAGACCCAGAAAAUGAGAUACAAGAAAAAGGAAAUGAAGAGCUCCCAUAUGCUGUCCCUUUGGAGGUGAAACAAAUUGUUGAAAUGGGAGAUUUUAUACAAGGGAGCAGAGAUGGGAAGAAGAUAACCAAUGCUGUGCUAGAAGAGGCAUCACUGGGGGAGCCUGAUGGUUCAAAAGAUGGAGAGAGACCAAUAGAAGUUGCUGAAAUCUUAGAGGAGCAGAGAUAUGUUUACGAGAACCAAACUGUUAGUAUGGUGCACGAAGAUAUUCAGUUGGUAAGGGAGACGGAACAUGCAGCUCAUUCAAACACAGAUGCAAGAGAAAUUGCCGAUGAAAGUGGUUUUGAGUUUGAUGUCAGAUUUGAUCCUGGUUGUAAGUAUUCCCAUGCAGUUGAUGAUAACCCUGAAGUUCACACUCAAGAAGGAAAUGAAGAUCUUGUGGUGUUUUCUGUUUCAGUAGAGAUGCCUAAUAUAAAAAAUGCAGGAAAUCAUUCUGAGGACACUGCUAUGCCAGACAGUAAGGUGCUACUCGGGGAAGAAAAAGUAUGGGAACACAUUGAUGCUCUGCGAACAAUCGUCGGGUAUAAAGCUGCGCCGCAAGCAACCUGCUUGGAUGAACUAAAAGCUCUCUACAUCUUUACUGGAGUAGAGCCACCUGCCUCCUUUAGAAACCCUUCUGGUCUUGCAGAAGUCAAUGACAAGCUUCAGUUUCUCAUGUCCAUAGUUGGAGUGAAAUAGAACUACCGUUUUGUUGGUUUGCACGUAGGCUUGGCAGUUUGAGUUGUUUGUACAAGUAUUUGGUGUCGUGGACGUAGCCUUAUGUGGAAGAAUGAGAAGGAAAGGGUCUUUGGAAGAAAAGCUACCAUUUAAGGCCUGUGGCUGCUCUGUAAAUCUAACUAUAAAGCUGUUGGGAACUCAUUUUCCUGCAUUUUCCGCUCUUAUUGUGACAGUUUGAUGAAAUCCAGUGGAUUUUUCUUCCCAUUUUAAUAAAUUUUUCACAGUUAUACUUCAAUUACUCCAAAU